AUGUCCUCCGAUCUCUCCCACUCCUCGACCUCCCUACAUUCCGAUGCGUCACCAAGACCUCACGAGACCGUUGCCUCGUCGCCCCUAACCUCGGCGAUCCCAGUGACCUCGUCCCAGAACCGAUUUCACAAUCUUCCUUCACAUCGUCGGUCAAAUACGGAGUAUAUUGCACGGCCCCCUAUCUUUGAAGACGACGUCUACGAUCCGAAGUCAAACAACAAUUCCCCCAAAACCCGAGCGGCUCCAGCCUGGACGGAUACUUUCCCGAAAAAGAAGCUUGAAGCUCGAGCCAGAAUCUUGUCAGAUUGGUUCCAGGGCAAGUCAGAGUUGGGCGAUUUGGCAAUCAGCAUGCGUCCAGACGGCCAUCCCAACGUGGCUGGGAUGGAAGCGUCCCGACCCGGGGCAGGUUCCCCGUCACAUCUCCGCAAGAACUCGGCUCCAGGGACCGGGCGAUUUUCGUUCUUUGGGCUACGUCGACCCGCUGAGCAGAAGCUUGAUUUCCCAGAGCCAGCAGAUGAUGAGAUCUUAAACCUAGACAUCUCUGCGGCUCUGUCCUCCCCCGAUUCAGACUUGAGCAGCGAUGAAGCUCUGGAUAGCCUUCGCGAUCAAGCCACCACCGUUCUGCAACGCAUGCAAGAAGCAUACAAGCAAAGAACCUUUGCCAUGCACCAGGCCUUGGCCGACCGGAAUGAAAAACUAGAAGAGCUCGAAGAGACUCGUGCACGUGUGGAUCACCUCAAGAUGCAGCUCGACGGCAUGGCCGCCAAAGUGCUGGAUCAAGAAAAGGCCAUGAAAGCCAUGGCUGAAGAGCUCGAACAAGAAAGGCUCAUGCGCCAACGCGAGGAGUCUCGCAGUCGCAGCCGUACCAUGCGUGCAAUCCCUCCUGAAGAUGAGAUCCCAUCGCUUGUGCUCCAAACUCCUCACCGCGGCGGCAAACGUACCAGCCAUGGAACGUUUACUAGCGAUUCGGGCUUCGAGUCUGGCGACGAGAGUGUGGCUGAUAGCGUCUUCUCACACAAAGAGUCUCUCGAGUCACCGACAUCUACUUUGAACGCCCCAUCGCCGAACCUCUCCCAAGUGGCCUUGUCCGCACCGCCGUCCUUUCCGCAGCCGAUGCCCUCAAUCCAGAAGAAUCUCGUCGCUGCCACUACAAAUCCCGCACCAGCGCGUUCAUCAACGUAUGAGCGGGUCAUCAAGGGCAUUACCUCGACCCGUUUGGGCAGCUCUUUCGUUGGAAAUGCCAACAACUGUAAUAUUUGCCAUGGCAUUCCAUCUUCGGAAGCGUGGAGCGUGAUGGGAGUGCUCAAGGAUGAAAACCGGGGUCUCAAGACGCGCCUCGGAGAAUUGGAAUUGGUCAUCGAUGACUGCUUGGGUCUUGUUGGCCCUUGA